AUGUUGUGCGCAUUGACAACUAGCGGUUACUCAAACGACUCUUCUCUGGAGAUAUCGCCACGAGCCCUGGCCGAUAAGGAGGUCAAGUCAGGCGCUACAACGAGACUCUGCGCACCUCCCUGCGGCGCCGACAAAUUGAUGUGGCCAACUGGGAAGACCUCGCCGGGUACGACCGACAUGGCAGAGGGCAGUGAAGAUCGGCGGAGGGAUCUACGGGGCCAACCGCGUCAUCGCCGCCAAAGUCAAAAGCGAGGCUCGAAAAUCUCAUCUGCGUCCACCUCUCAACCCCAACCGUCGACCACCCUCAAACUGUCCCCGAUGUCAACGGACGUUCCGGCACCAAUCGAACUUAUUGGACAUCUUGCUAACUGCAUCGCUCUGACGACACCAUCUGAUGUCCCCCCCCGUCCACCUAUACUUUGCUUUCCACGCCUCACUCCUGAGCCUCCACUGACAUCCUCCGCCUGCGCCUCAGCAUCCGCUCUGACGGCUCCUGCACCCACCACCACUGCAGUCAAUCCUAACACACCAACAAAUACCAACCUCACAACCGCCACCACCACCGAUAUGGACUCGGUCCACACCUGUCCUCAUCGUGACUGCAUUUCCACGUCACAGAUCGGCCUGGCCGGUCACUUGGGAAUCCCUCGCACAGAGACCGGUGAACCAGUCCCUGGAGCACCAAUAUGA